GUGACAGUUGCUUUUAUCCUCGCGCAGACAAAUAGUUCCCAGUGUGUCCAUUUUCAAAAAUUUCAUGGAUGAAAUCCAGAUGGGUCUUUCAGAAACUGAACCCUCACCUUCCUUCAUGGGCCUCCUCUCUAAUCCCCUCCUUCAAAACCCUAAAUUCCCAAAACCCUUUUCCAGAAACUCCAAAGUUCGUCCUCAACCAUGCAGAUAUAAGCAGCCUCCUCUCCAUUUGCGGCGAGGAAGGCUAUCUUCAUCUGGGUUCUUCCCUACAUGCCUCGAUCAUCAAGAAAAUUGAAUUUUUUGACCUCGAAAAUCAAUAUAGUUUUCGAAAUGCCCUUGUUGUUUGGAAUUCUCUCCUUCACAUGUACUCAAAAUGUGGUGAAUUAUUGGACGCAGGCAAGCUGUUUGAUAAUAUGCCCAUGAAAGACACCAUCUCCUGGAAUUCAAUAAUAUCAGGCUUUUUAAGGAAUGGUGACUUUGAGAUUGGUUUUGGGUAUUUUAAACAAAUGUGUGAUUUGGGUACUUGUCGAUUCGAUCAAGCAACUCUAACUACAAUUGUUUCUGCAUUCGAUGGACCGGAUUUUCUUUACCUAAAUAAGAUGAUGCAUGCUUUAGUUCUUUCAAAUGGGUAUGAGCAGGACAUUGCCGUUGGCAACGCUUUGAUAACAUCAUAUUUUAGAUGUGGGUGUUUUUGUUCAGGAAGGCGUGUUUUUGAUGAGAUGCUUGAAAGAAAUGUGAUUACUUGGACGGCUGUUAUAUCUGGUCUUGCACAAAAUCAACUUUACGAGGAGAGUUUGAAACUGUUUGCGAAGAUGCGUUGUGGAUCAGUGAAUCCCAAUUUUUUGACAUAUUUGAGUUCGCUGUUGCCAUGUUCCGGUCUGCAGGCUCUCAAGGAAGGGCAUCAGAUUCAUGGGCUUGUCUCGAAAUUGGGGAUUCAAUCAGAUUUGUGCAUUGAAAGUGCAUUAAUGGACAUGUAUUCUAAAUGCGGUAGCAUGGGCGAUGCAUUGCAGAUCUUCGAGGGUGCUGAAGUGCUUGAUAAGGUUUCUAUGACCAUUAUUCUUGUGGGUUUUGCACAAAAUGGGCUCGAGGAAGAAUCUAUUAAAUUUUUUGUGAAGAUGGCAAAGGCAGGAAUUAAGAUUGACCCCAACAUGAUUUCAGCUGUUCUUGGUGUCUUUGGCAUAGAUACAUCGUUAUCCCUUGGCAAGCAAAUUCAUUCUAUAGUUAUAAAAAAAAGCUUCAGUUCAAAUCUCUUUGUUAGCAAUGGGCUGAUCAACAUGUACUCCAAGUGUGGUGAUUUUGGGGAGUCGGUUAAAAUUUUUAUUCGAAUGCCUCAGAGGAACUCAGUCUCAUGGAAUUCCAUGAUUGCAGCUUUUGCCCGUCAUGGGGAUGGAUCCAGAGCACUUCAAUUGUUUGAGGAGAUGAAAUUAGAAGGUGUAGAGCCCACUGAUGUAACAUUUCUCUCUUUGCUUCAUGCUUGUAGUCAUGUAGGAUUAGUGGACAAGGGCAUGGAGUUCUUGGAAUCCAUGGAUAGAGUUUAUGGGAUUAGUCCAAGGAUGGAGCACUAUGCUUCUGUUGUCGACAUGUUAGGCCGAGCAGGGCUUCUUAAAGAAGCUAAGAGUUUCAUUGAGGGAUUACCUGUAAAGCCAGGCAUACUUCUUUGGCAGGCACUGCUUGGUGCUUGCAGCAUUCGUGGCGAUUCUGAAAUUGGUAAAUAUGCAGCUGAUCAGUUGCUUUUGGCGGCCCCUGAUAGCCCAUCACCCUACAUUUUAAUGGCCAACAUUUAUUCCUCUGAAGGGCGAUGGAAAGACAGAGCAAGUACCAUUAAGAGAAUGAAGGAGAUGGGGGUAGCGAAAGAAACGGGGAUAAGUUGGAUUGAGGUUGAGAAGAAUGUCCACAGUUUUGUGGUUGAGGACCGAAUGCAUCCACAAGCAGAGAUUAUUUAUGGUGCUUUGUUCGAGUUGUUUAGGCACAUGAGUGAUGAAGGUUAUGUGCCAGAUAAGAGGUUUAUUCUACAUUACUUGGAUCAAGAUGGAAAAGGGAUUAGCAACAUUUUGACCAUCUAAGAUCCAACUACUUUUAAUUGUACGAGGAUUGUAGUUAUAAACCGUCGUGCUGUUUUUCUAUACGUUCUAACGAUCUCUCUACUAACUGAUAUUAUCUAUUUAAUUACUUUCAA